GCUCCGAAUUCAAUCCCUUCGCAGCAACAGUUCUCUUCCUUAGUCUCACCUCGCACGCAAUUCGCGAACACUAGCACUCAAUUCAACAGUAAUAGUCUCAACACCAUGAACUUGCCCAAUGCACCGUCGCUCCUCAACCACUCGUUCCCGAAUGGAGGGCCGGUCCCAAUGGAGUCGAGUCCGCUAGGUUUUACUUCGUCGUCCGACCAGUCUCAUUCUCAACAGCUCGAAGGGGUGCCGAAUUUUAACCAGCCACAAGCGCAAAUUAGAGGUGCGUUGGGCAAUGUGGGCCCGUUGGGCCCGGUCAAGUUGGAACCACCAACCGGCCCGGGGCCGUCCGAUCAGAACAACGGCUUAACGCAGCACUUACAGUCGUUACGCGGCUUGGCUCCAGUCAAGAUGGAAGCGCAGCAUAUGCAGUCCGUAAGAGCUCUCGGACCUGUUAAAUUGGAACGACAACAUUCAGAUUCGGCGUUAGCUCUGCAGCAGCAACAGCAUCAGCAGCAGCAGCAGCAGCAGCAGCAGCUAAUGCAAAUCUCGAGGCAAUCUUCGGCGGCUCAGAUCGGUCUGUUGCAGCAGCAGAGGAUUCUGAUGCAGCAACAGCAACAGCAGCGGCAGCAGCAGAUUCUCAAGAAUCUCCCACAGCAGCGGAACCAAAUGCAAAGUCUUCCCGCGAGAACUCAAGUUAAACCUAGUUAUGAGCCUGGAAUGUGUGCUCGAAGGUUGACUCAUUACAUGUAUCACCAGCAGCACAGACCAGAAGAUAAUAAUAUAGAGUUUUGGAGGAAGUUUGUCGCAGAGUACUUUGCUCCCCAUGCGAAAAAGAGGUGGUGUGUUUCUUUAUACGGAAAUGGGCGUCAAACUACUGGUGUUUUUCCUCAGGAUGUGUGGCACUGUGAAAUAUGCAACCGUAAGCCUGGUCGUGGGUUUGAAACAACCGUCGAGGUUUUGCCGAGGCUGUUCCAAAUUAAGUAUGCUAGUGGCACGUUGGAGGAACUUUUGUAUGUUGACAUGCCACGGGAGUAUCAAAAUGCAUCCGGUCAGGUAAUACUGGAUUAUGCCAAAGCGGUUCAGGAGAGUGUUUUUGAGCAGUUACGUGUGGUACGAGAAGGUCAACUGCGGAUUGUUUACUCUCCUGAUUUGAAGAUUUGUUCAUGGGAGUUCUGUGCUCGGCGUCAUGAGGAGCUUAUACCUAGAAGAUUAUUAAUUCCUCAGGUGAGUCAGCUCGGUGCUGUGGUGCAGAAAUAUCAGAAUGCAGCUCAAAAUGCAUCGCCAGGCUUAUUUUCUCAAGAUUUGCAAAAUACCUGCAAUUCGUUUGUGGCAUCCGCUCGUCAAUUGGCUAAGUCUUUGGAGGUGCCACUGGUAAAUGAUUUAGGGUACACAAAGAGAUAUGUUCGCUGCCUUCAGAUAUCAGAGGUCGUAAAUAGUAUGAAGGAUCUGAUUGAUUACAGCAGAGAAACAAGGAGUGGCCCCAUGGAUAGCCUAAUCAACUUCCCACGACGGCCUUCCGCCUCGUCCGUUAUAAAUCCACAGCCAAUCAGACGACCGGAAGAACAGCCGUCGAUCUCCCAAAACGCAACACAAAACAAUCAAACCGGCCCUCAUCCAGCAGGUGUUCAACUCUCUUCUGCAAAUAACAAUGGCGCGGUCAGCGCCAAUAAUUCCACCAGUACCAUUACCGGCUUAAUCCACCAAAACUCGAUGAACGGUCGGCAAGAUAAUCAUAUAAACAGCGUAAGCAGCCCUUAUGGCGGCGGAGGCGGAAACACAGUUCAAAUACCUUCCGCAAGCUCUUCCAAUUCGAUCCCGCCGUCCCAACCGAACCAGAACCCGAGCGCGACUUCCCCUUUCCCGUCGCCGACCCCUUCAUCGAACAACAACACGGCCCCGCCUUCCCAUAAUGCGAAUAACAGUAACAUGCCUCUGGCGCAUCCGACCCCAAUUCAAGAACCCGACCCGAAUGAAUCCCAGAGCUCGGUUCAGCAAAUCUUGCAAGAGAUGAUGAUGCACUCUCAACUUAACGGGGUGAAUUCCUUGGGCCAUGACAUGAAGGGAAUUAACGGAGGGAUGGGAUACGGCGGGAUGGGCCCGUCGGGCUCGACGGCGAGCGUGUUAAGAGCGGCGAUGGCGAACAACGUCAUGGCCAUGAACGGCGGGAGGGUCGGGAUGAGCCACAUGUCGCACGACCCAAAUGGCAGGAGCAACCACCACCACCACCACCACCAUCAACAACAGCGGGACAUCGGGAACAGGAUGUUGAGUGGGGUCGAUUCCGUUAACAGUUUCAACAAUCUUCAGUUCGAAUGGAAGACGUCGCCGUGACAAACUAAAGCCAACCCCCAUCGAUCGCAACGACAUAAUCAGAUUUGAGAAAUCUCGCCUAUUACUCUCUGGUGCUAACUUACGCGCGGAAUAUUCAGCUGACGAAGUUAACAGUAAACAGGAGAGAGUAGUAACUUUUCCGCGGUUUUUGGUACGCGCGAAUGCCGCUGCGACGAGGCCAGACCCUUCACUUUUAAGAAUCUUAGUAUAAAAUGUAUGACGAAUCAGGAUCGCGACGAAGGCGAGAUCGCGAGAAAUGUGGAGUGUGGUUGUUCUGUUUAAGCCUUUCUAAUUAAAUUUUAUGUGCUUGUAAUGUGUAGCUUAGCACAGAUGUACUGGUUGUUUGUUUAUAUACAUAACAAGAUAAAGAAAUAAUCAUGCUAUCUUUUUUUUCUUUUCC